AUGGCCAGUUACAGCUUCAGGCAAACUACCUCUUCUGUGUCAGGGGGACUUGGUGGCUCUUCAGUCCGUCUUGGCGGAGGUUCCUUUAGGGCCCCAAGUAUCCAUGGUGGAUCUGGUGGCAGGGGUGUCUCAGUCUCUUCUGCUAGAUUUGUCUCUUCUGGCCUAGGAAGUGGCGUGGGUGGUGGAUAUGGUAGUAGUUUUAGCAACAGCUUCAGUGGUGGCUUUGGUGGUUGUCUGGGCAGUGGUGAUGGCCUCCUUUCAGGAAAUGAAAAAACAACUAUGCAAAAUCUGAACGAUCGCCUAGCAUCUUACUUGGACAAAGUGCGUGCACUGGAAGAAGCAAAUUCUGAUCUUGAAAUUAAAAUCCGAGACUGGUACCAGAAACAAGGACCAGGGCCUGCUCGGGACUACAGUCCUUAUUAUAAGACUAUCGAAGACCUUCGAGAAAAGAUCCUUGCUGCCACUAUCGACAACUCCAAGAUUGUCUUGCAAAUUGAUAAUGCCAGGCUGGCUGCUGAUGACUUUAAAACCAAGUUUGAAACAGAGCAAGCUCUUCGCAUGAGCGUGGAGGCUGACAUCAACGGCCUGCGCAGAGUCCUGGAUGAACUGACCCUGGCUAGAACAGACUUGGAGCUGCAGAUUGAAAACUUAAAAGAAGAGCUGGCCUACCUAAAGAAGAACCAUGAGGAGGAAAUGAGUGCCCUGGGAGGGCAAGUAGCUGGCCAAGUCAGUGUUGAAGUGGACUCUGCUCCAGGCAUUGACCUGUCCAAGAUCCUGGCUGACAUGAGAGACCAGUAUGAACACAUGGCUGAAAAGAACAGGAAGGAUGCUGAGGCCUGGUUCCAAAACAAGACUGAAGAACUGAACCGCGAAGUCGCUGUCAAUACUGAGCAACUGCAGAGCAGCAAGUCUGAAGUCACUGACUUGAGACGCACCCUCCAAGGCCUGGACAUAGAGCUGCAGUCCCAGCUCAGCAUGAAAGCGGCGCUGGAAAACACCUUGGCAGACACAGAAGGGCGCUAUGGUGCCCAGCUGGCACAGAUCCAGGCCCUGAUAGGCAACAUGGAGGCCCAGCUGGCUGAACUCCGAGCUGAGAUGGAACGCCAGAACAGCGAAUACAAGAUCCUCAUGGACAUCAAGACUCGUCUGGAGCAAGAGAUUGCCACUUACCGCCAACUCCUGGAAGGCCAGGAGAGCCAGUAA